CCAUGAUGCAACGCACGCCUACACUGGGUGAGCCGCAGGGUUUCGGUUGGGGACAAGAAGCAAAAUGAUAAGCAUCCAAUCCAAGACGCAACAGCCAAGCACAAGAGCAGUGUGUGUGUGUUAACCCAAACAGCCAAACAGGCCCUCUCCUCUCCUCUCCUCUUCUUCCUCUGGUCCCCAAUGCCAUGCCCACCUCAUCACUAUUUCUUAACUCUAGCUAGCUACAGCUCCUCUGCUCUAAUCCUCCAUCAGUGUCACUGUCACCAUUACGCGUUAGCUAUUAGCUACCUCAGCUGCUCACCUAGUUAUUGAUAGCAGCUAUACUAGUAUAGUGUACAAGUGCAGGGCAAGGAGGCCAAGAAAGAUUUGAGCUUUCAUGGUAGACACUGAACACCAUCCAUGGAAUUGGAAUGGAUGAUCAGCCAGCUCAAUAAGUCGUUAGCUAGCUAGGUUCUUGGCUUCAUUCAUUGAGACGCCUUGGAGGGGAUCGGAGGCGUUGUAUGGAGAACCAGCGUGUGGUGGUGGUUGUGGAGGCCGCGGCCGCCGCCAGGGCCGCGCUGCAGUGGGCCGUCGGCAACUUCAUCCGCGGCAGCGACUCCAUCACGCUGCUCCACGUCUGCCCGCCCGCGCGGUCGCGGCGGAAGCGCCGCAGCCUCCGCCUCGGCGGGUUCCAGCUCGCGCUCGCGUUCAAGGACCUCUGCAACGGCAUCGCCGAGAUGCAGGCCAAGGUGGAGAUCGUGGUGACGGAGGGGGAGCUCGGGGAGACGGUGGUGGCGACGGUGAACCAGCUCGGCGCCACCACGCUCGUCGUUGGCCUCCACGACAAGAGCUUCCUCUACAGGGCGCCGAGCCCGUAUGCCAGAGUGCGGAGCCUCGGGUGCAGGGUCCUCGCGGUCCGGCAGCGCGCCACCGCACGGGACGGGUUCUUGAACGCCGAGCUCACCCAGAUCGAGACCAUAAGCUUGCACAUACCGCCGCCAAAAAUCCCGUUCCCGAUGUUUACGCUUCCGCUGGGCGUGAUAUGGAGACGAAGAUCAAAGAGGAGAAAGUGACACGAAGAUGGUGUGCAGGUAGGGAGGUUGGUUCAUCCAGACAGUGGACGGAGCCUGUCAAGGGAACAGCAGACUGAGGCAGCCAGACGGGUACAUACUUACAUACACAUCAAGGAGACAGCAGCAGCAGAUUGACAGCAGCGGCACCACAGAUGUAGAAGGAUAUACUCCAAACUAUAUAGUGAAUCGAAUUAUGAAAUUAGAGGACCCACUCUCAUGUGGAUAUAUGUAUUUUUUUUCCCUUCCUUUCUCUCUCUCUCUGGAAGUUCUGCUGUGUCGUUUCACUUGGUGAGCAGAACAUUGGCGAAAUUGUCGCGUCGGGUAACCUAGAAAAACUUUGGUUGGUGAGCAUCUGAAAACUGGCAUGGGAUUCAGAGCAGGAAGUAGAACAACCGUUGGACUCGCAAUUCCGUUGAUAUGUCAAGCUAAUUUUGUGGAAGACUUUCAGAUUUUUUGUUUUGA